UAGAUACUUCUUGCCUACGGCACCCCUGGCCGAUCUUCUGAACCUGGCUCCUGAUUAAAGCUGACAGAUAAUGGAAACAUUUCCCCGGCGAUGUCUCUGGGGCGGCUCCUCCGACGCGCCUCUUCCAAAGCCUCCGACCUCCUGACCCUAAAUCCUGGUGGCGGCGGCAGUUCAUCUUCCGUGCUCGACGGGGACAUUAUCUACUCCAAGAACAAUGUGUGCGUGCACCCUCCCGAGCUGCUGCAGGGCACGGGCGAGCACCACCCAGGCUACCUGUGCGUGUACAUGGAGAAGGACGAGCUGCUGGGACGGACGCUCAUCCUGGCGUGGGUGCCCAACGCGCGCAUCCAGCGGCAGGACGAGGAGGCGCUGCGCUACGUCACCCCCGAGGGCUCGCCGGUGCGCAGGGCGCCGCGCAAGCGGGGCCGGCGCGGCCAGGGCAGCGGCGCCGCGCGGCACGCGGCCCCGGCGCAGCCCGGUGGCACCGGUGCCCUCACCGAUGGGGACAGCCCGGCCACGUCGCUGCUGCUGAGCGAGGGUCCCGCCGGGAGCUGCCCGCCGGAGCAGGGGGAGCUGCCGGCGCAGGGCGGCGCGGCCCGCAGCGACUCGGGGAUCUCGUCCACGGUCGGCUCUCAGGAGGAGCAGAACCGGCCGGAGCUGUCGGCAGAGGGGCCGGAGGACGGUGUGGAGGGCCGGGCCGAGCCAGGCGAGGACGAGGGCUCCCUGGAGCUGUCUGCUGACGACGGGAGCAGGGACAGCACGCUGGACUCCGAUUCGGACGCCUUCUCCUCGCCCUUCUGCCUCUCCCCCAUCAGUGAAGCCCUCGGGAAGAGCAGCAGCUCUGUGUUUCUGGAGAACGACAGCGGGGACACGUGCGACAGCCGCCUGGCCUGCCCGAGCAGCUCUGCCUGCAGCCCGGACCCCGGCGCCCCGUGCCCGGAGAGCGCCGGGCAAGUGCCAGGCGCCGGCUGGGACGAGCAGCAGAAGGUGUUUGCCCUGGAGCAGGUCGGCGGCGUCUUCAGAGUGGACCUGGGCCACAUGAGGUCCCUCCGGCUGUUCUUCAGCGACGAGGCCUGCACGUGCGGCCAGCUGGUGGUUGCGAGCAGGGAGAGUCAGUACAAGAUCUUCCAUUUCCACCACGGCGGCCUGGACAAGCUGUCGGAAGUGUUUCAGCAGUGGAAAUACUGCACGGAGACCCGCCUCAAAGAGCAGCAGCUCGCGGACGAGAAGACGUGCAUGCAGUUCUCCAUCCGCCGCCCCAAGCUGCCGUCCUCGGAGACGCACCCCGAGGAGAACGCGCACAAGCGCCUCGACGUGGCGGCCUGGCUGCGCCACCUCAACGAGGCCGGCCAGGUGGAGGAGGAGUACAAGCUGCAGAAGGCCAUUUUCUUUGGUGGGAUUGAUAUUGCCAUCCGUGGAGAAGUGUGGCCCUUUUUGCUGCGCUACUACAGCUACGAGUCCACCUCCGAAGAGAGGGAGGCACUGAGGAUACAGAAGAGGAAAGAAUACUUGGAGAUCCAGGAGAAAAGGCUUGCGAUGACUCCAGAUGAACACAAGGAUUUCUGGCGUAACGUGCAGUUCACCGUGGAUAAAGAUGUCGUGAGGACUGACCGCAGCAACCAGUUCUUCCGUGGGGAGGGCAACCCAAAUGUGGAAACCAUGAGGAGGAUCUUGCUGAACUAUGCAGUAUUUAACCCAGCGAUCGGAUACUCCCAGGGCAUGUCGGACCUGGUUGCCCCAAUCCUGGCUGAGGUCCUAGAUGAGUCGGAUACUUUCUGGUGCUUUGUGGGACUGAUGCAGAAUACAAUCUUCUUCAGCUCACCCCGGGAUGAGGAUAUGGAGAAGCAGCUGAUGUACCUGCGAGAGCUGCUGCGGCUCAUGCACCCGCGCUUCUACCAGCACCUGCUUUCCCUGGGAGAGGACGGCCUGCAGAUGCUCUUCUGUCACCGCUGGAUCCUCCUCUGUUUUAAACGCGAAUUUCCAGAUGCUGAGGCCCUGCGCAUGUGGGAAGCAUGCUGGGCUCACUAUCAGACUGACUAUUUCCACCUCUUUAUCUGUGUGGCCAUAGUGGUGAUUUACGGGGACGACGUCAUUGAACAACAACUGGCCACUGACCAGAUGCUGCUGCAUUUCGGCAACCUGGCCAUGCACAUGAACGGGGAACUUGUACUCAGGAAGGCCAGGAGUCUGCUCUACCAGUUCCACCUGCUGCCCCGCGUGCCCUGCAGCCUGCACGACCUGUGCAAGCUCUGUGGCACCGGCAUGUGGGACAGCGGCUUCAUCCCCGCCGUCGAGUGCUCCGGCCACCACCCGGCCUGCGAGAGCUGCCCCUACGGGGGGCUGCCAGAAGGGGCUUCUCCCAAAGCAGGAAGCGAGGGCAGGAGAGGCUUGAAAACACGGGACGUCUUCGCCUUCCGGAAAUAGCCACAGAGGAACAGGGCGUAGCGGCAGGAAGGAUGUGUACAGGAGGAACGUAGGGACAGAAAUGGAGGGAUUGCCUCUGGAAACGCCCAGGAAGACUGAGAUGGAGAGAACGCAAGAGGAACGAAAUCCCUUCACGGGCAGAAGCAAAUCACAUUCCACUGAGUAGUGGAACCUGAGUGAAAUGCAUCUACCCAGGAACAGCUGGGUACCUAGGAACAGUGUUUGCACGUUUUUGGAAUUGAUUUGAUUAGAAAUAUGAAGCAUUUCUAGAUCCUACCAAGGACCUGUUAUUCUGCCUCUGGGUUGGACUGGUCAGCCACCAAAACUGUGUGACUUGCUGAUGAGGACACUGCAGAGAGCCAAGCGCAGCCGGCAGCGUUUGCGGGAGAGAGCAGAGCUGGGACGAGACCCUGCGAUGUCCCUUCGUCCAGAGCAUCCUGCUCAGCCGCGUUCUCCGCCUCGACCAAAACCUGCAGCUCAGUGGCUUCUCCCUAAAGCCAUGAUGAUCGAUUUGAUUUUAUUUGCCAAAAAUAAACCUGCAAACUGCUGGGGUUGUGGGGAGGGUAUGUCAUUUGUUGGUGAGCUGGAACUGGUCACCUGAAGGUCCAUCUCCCGCCUUUUCUAUUUUUACACAGGGUUUUGCUGGUGCGGGUUUUUCCCACUGGCACAGCCACGGGUAUUCAAGCACUGCUUUUCUGUAUUCAGGGUAUUUCACAGACACGUUGCAAGAUUUACUUCUCCAUUAUAUUGCAGCGAAGCAGCUUCUUCAUGCUGACAACUGCAGACUUCAGACACUUGUUUGUAGAACUCUGUUGUUUCCAGUGUGUUUCCCAAUGCAUUUCCCUUGGCUGUCGUUAACUCCUGGUUAUUUUCUGUCUUUCUCUGUCUUCACCACAGCU